AUUAGAUUGAGCUGGUGGAUGCAAAAACGUGUCAUAUUUUUUUAAUAACUUGAAUUUCCAAUUAAUUUCCAUUCAUCAUGAAUACAUUUGACUGGUAUUAUCUACUUUUGACAUUUCCAUACACUUUAUUUGGUCCAAUGAUACCAUUAUUGGCCAUAAGCUAUGUUGCUAAAUGUAUUCCGAUCAUCUAUCUUAUUAUGACAAUCAUGAAUAACCGGACAGUGAAACGAUUCGAUUAUUCACGUAAAAUUGCUGCAGGUCUUUUAGCUUCGGUCAUUGGCGAUGUUUAUAUACUGAACAUGGAAGAGGUAUCCAGAUCCUAUUUGAUAUAUGGUAUCAUAAGUUUUGCAUUGGCUCAUAUAUUUUAUAUAUCGGCCUUUAGUUUCAGGAAUUACAGAUAUCACCAUUUCUUUAUUGUCAUUAUAAUAUUCAGCUUGUCAUAUGUCAUGACUCAUGAACGAUUGUAUGGAAUGAAUUUUAUGGAACGAAUAGCAAUUCCAACUUAUAGUUUCAUCAUACUGACAAUGGCCUGUUGUGCUUUUUUAUAUAAAGAUUUCAUAUCCAUUUGGAAUCGUAUUCCGGCUACUCGUAUGGCAGCAAUCUCGUUUGUCAUUUCGGAUUCUAUUUUAGGUUUGACCGAAAUAACAGGCAUGAUUGGACCACAUAUUAUACCAAAAUAUGUGUCACAUGUACUCAUAUUAUCAACCUAUUAUUUUGCCCAAUAUUGUUUCACAAGAUCAGCUCUUUUUCUCUAAGCCUCUUUUCAUGUCAGAUGAAUUUGAACAACUUUUGCGCUACAAACGGGUCUUUUUAGGUGAAAAUAGACGACCAUAAUAUUUUGUUGUCAUUCAUCGUUUUUGGUUAUUGUUGUGUUAAAUUAAAUAUAAAGUUUUGUUUGACAAUGUGGAAAAA